CGUCGACUUGCCAUCAACCUCCAUCAAUCAAGCCAGCUCAACAGAUUGAUUGUUAGUUCUGUUUCUCACUGCCAGAAACCCGGGCGCGUCUUCUAUUCACGGCCGUCUCAGCGACUUGGAAAAUUACAUCAUGAUGUUGUGAAGCAAAUGGGGAGGGGGGAUUUGAAGCUAGUUCCCAACCCUGGGUCCACGGUCGUACAGUGAACGAUCUAUGAUAUAGUAUCGUUGUUCACAGUCAAGUACACAGUUACUAUUCAGAUUCUCAUAUCCAAAGAUAACAUGGAAUUCGUACUCAACAUUUCUAGUUCGCUAUCUUCCGCAGCAUACUGCCUCGCUUGCAUCUUAGUUGCUGCUAUGUGGACUUUAUGGAGACGAUCGGUUCGGACACCAUACCCUCCGGGUCCGCCAGCAGACCCUCUCAUUGGCCACUUACGGUUCAUUACAUUCACUGACGUUCCCGAAACGUUUCACCGAUGGGCCAAGACUUAUGGCGACCUGGUCUAUCUCCAUGUUCUGGGUCGAAAUAUACUUAUUAUUGACAGCGUCGAAGUCGCAGCAGAUCUGCUCGACAAACGAGGUUCUAAAUACAGUGAUCGUCCGAAUGCUCCUAUCUUUCAGCUCCAAGGGUGGACGCCAGGUCUGACACUCUCGCGAUGCCCAGGAAAGGAAUUUACGAUUCAAAGAAGAAUGGCGCAGAACUACCUCGGACGUCGCGAAGUAACCAAAUUCAACUCUAUCCAAGUUAGGGAAGCGAGGCGUCUGGUUUCUGAGCUUCCUGUGGAUGCGGGGAAAGCUUACGAACAGUUUCGCCGAUUCUCGGCUUCACUUAUUGUGGAAAUAACGUACGGGCAAAGGAUUACUUCGGAUGAUGACGUUUGGAUGAAGAUAACUCAUGAGGUCAACCGUGUGGCCGAAUCUAGUGGUCCCGGGGGAAACACUCCCAUUGAUUUCUUUCCAUUCUUAAGACACUUCCCGUCUUGGUUUCCUGGUACUUUUUAUGCCACCAAAGCUCGUGAGGCCUACCCUAUAGUUCGUAGAUUCAAGGAUUAUCCGUAUGAAACACUCAAGACACAGAUGGUAGAGGGAACUGCUGAGCCCUGUUUUGUGAAACACGAACUGGACGCCAUUGACGGUGAUCCCGACAUUGACCAAGAAACUAUUAUUAAAGGGGUAGCAGGUGCACUCUAUGGAGCAGGAUACGAUACUACUUGGGCCACACUGGGCGUCUUUCUUUACGCCAUGGUCCUUCAUCCUGAGUGCCAAAGGACGGCCAGAAACGAGAUUGACGCUUAUCUUGAAGGCAAGAGGCUUCCCGAAUUCCGGGAUCGCAAAGACCUCCCUUAUGUCGAAGCAGUACUUCAAGAAACGAUACGAUGGUUCCCGAUCUCACCUCUAGGCAUUCCCCAUCGUCUCUCCGAGGAUGAUCACUUUAACGGCUUUUUCAUUCCCAAAGGGACGGUAGUUUUCGCCAAUAUAAGAGCAAUGAGCCUCAGAGAGGAACACUACGCAAAUCCUCGAAAAUUUCUCCCGGAACGUUUUCUCCCCCCAAACGGAGAGCCACAUUUCACUCAAGCGUUUGGAUUCGGACGAAGGGUUUGUGUGGGCCGCCAUUUCGCUAGUGACAGUCUCUGGAUAGCAAUCGCAACGAUACUUGCUACACUUGACCUCAGGAAAGCAGUAGAUUCACGCGGAAUUGAAAUUAUACCUGAAUUCAAAAUACAUACUGGAUUGGCAUAUCACCCUCAUCCUUUCAUAUGCGACAUCCAAUUUCGAUCAAGGCAGUUAGAGUCGCUCUUGUAUGCUUCGUUAUAGAUCUCCUUAGCGGAGGAACUCAUGCUAAUGAAACAUCUCAUGCCUUCGAAAAAUCGCCAUCGGGGUAUUGCCCAGAAGAGAUUACACUAGGAUCCCGUCUUAAAAUGCAAACGUGAAGCUUCAUAUCAAG